UCUGGAAAUCCAUGGCGGACGAGGGGCCAUCGAACCAGGCGCUCACCGGCACACGCUUCUCCGAGCUGAAGCCAGCUCUCUCUCAGCCUGUGCUUGAUGCCCUCUCUACCGGAGGCUUCCACUUCUGUACUCCGGUUCAAGCGGCGACCAUUCCGUUGCUAUGCAGCCACAAAGAUGUUGCUGUUGAUGCCGCCACCGGGUCUGGGAAAACCCUAGCUUUUGUCGUCCCUCUCGUUGAGAUCAUCCGUGCAUGCCCUGCCCCCAAACCUCACCAGGUCAUGGGAAUGAUCAUAUCUCCAACGAGGGAGUUGUCCUUGCAGAUAUACAAUGUCGCCCGGCCUUUUAUAAUGACAAUGCCGAAAGUUAAGACUAUGCUUCUUGUUGGAGGAGUUGAUGUAAGAGCUGACAUGAAGAGAAUAGAGGAGGAGGGUGUGAAUGUACUUAUUGGUACCCCUGGGCGGCUGCAUGAUAUAAUGGAACGGGCUGAUAUUCUGGAUUUCCGGAGUCUUGAGGUUCUUAUUCUAGAUGAGGCUGAUCGACUUUUGGACAUGGGAUUUCAAAAGCAAGUUACUUCUGUUAUAUCUCGUUUACCAAAGCUUCGCAGGACAGGGCUUUUCUCUGCUACUCAGACUGAAGCAGUGGAAGAACUUUCCAGGGCUGGAUUAAGAAACCCUGUUAGGGUUGAAGUCCGGGCUGAAGCUAAACCAGUGGGUAUGGCAGCAUCACUUGAAACGACCUCUGCCAAGACUCCUUCAGGCCUCCAAAUUGAGUACUUGAUAUGUGAAGCAGAUAAGAAAUCUUCACAGCUUGUUCACUUCUUACUGAAGAACAAAUCCGAAAAGAUAAUUGUUUACUUCAUGACAUGUGCGUCUGUUGACUAUUGGGGGGUUGUCCUUCCACAAAUCACCGCUCUUAAGGAUUGUUCAAUUAAAUCUCUUCAUGGAAGAAUGAAACAGAGUGUGAGGGAGAAAGCACUAGCAGCUUUUACAGAACUGUCCAGUGGUGUUCUUCUAUGUACUGAUGUAGCAGCAAGGGGACUUGACAUACCAGGUGUGGACUGGAUUUUGCAGUAUGAUCCCCCUCAGGAUCCAAAUGUAUUCAUUCAUAGAGUUGGCCGGACUGCACGAAUAGGCAGGCAAGGAAGAGCCAUUGUUUUCCUCUUACCUAAGGAGGAUGCUUAUGUGGAGUUCUUGCGUCUAAGAAGGGUACCACUUCAAGAAAGGGUAUAUACAGAUGAUGCUAUGGAUGUUAUUCCCUUGGUAAGAGCUGCCGGAAAGGAAGACCGUGAUGUCAUGGAGAAGGGGCUUAAAGCAUUUGUGUCAUAUUUUCGUGCAUACAAGGAGCACCACUGCUCUUACAUAUUCAGGUGGAAAGAACUAGAGAUUGGAAAACUUGCCAUGGGUUAUGGUUUAUUGCAAAUCCCGUCAAUUCCUGAGGUCAAGCAUCAUUCCCUCUCAGUUGAGGGAUUCUUACCAGUAAAUAAUGUUUGUGUUACUGAAAUCAAGUACAAGGACAGAGCCCGGGAGAAGCAACGUCAGAAGAAUUUGCUAAGAAAGAAAGAAAAUGAAAGCCUCAAACACAAGUCAGAGAGAGUUAAACAGGUUUUGGAUUCCGCUGAUACCAUGGCAAGAAAGAAAACAGGCCGGCAGCGUCGUGCUACUCAGACAAAAGAGGACAAUGAUGAACUGGAGAAGGAAUAUCGCCUGCUGAAAAAGCUAAAGCGAGGUGCAAUCGAUGAAAGUGAAUAUGAAAAGCUCAUGGGUUUGGGAAACUUCUCUGAAGAGAAUAACUUGUCAGAAGAUGAAGGUGAUAUACCAAGUGUGAAAAAUACCAUGGGUCACAAAAAAACACUAAAGUUUAAGCGAGGAAAAGGAAGGAAACAUGAAGGUAAACAAUCAAAGAUUGGUUUCAAGAAAAGGAAUGUGAGAGCACGGAAGUAAGCUUGGUUUUGGCUUUUUGCUUCUUUCAGUUGCUCUUGGAAGAUCAGCUCUACCCAACUACAUAACACAACUUGCGGCAGCUCGUUUGUAAGUAAAUUUUGACUGGAGGAUUUGUGUUUUGAGGAUUGGUUGUAGAGGGGGACACGGGCACUUUUUUUGGUCCGUCCCGAAACUGGUCAGGUCAAACCUGGCAGUUCAGCCAAUCCAACGGGCCGUGCCGGUGACCCAUAACCAACCUGUACUGUAGAGGAUCUGGUUACAGAUCGAGGCUUUUAUAACCCGUGGCUCAGGCCAACCCCAUUGGGUUUGGGCUAUGGAAAUUUUUGUUAUAAGCUUGAGAAUUUAUAUUUAUAUAUAUAUAUAUAUAUCAUAUAUAUAUAUAUAGAUAACCAAUGAAUGUUGACUUUAAAAACUACUUCCCAAUGAGAAUAUCAACUAAUAUGAUUAAA